AUGUGUUUGCAUUCAUUUGUGUUUUUCAAUGUGAAAAUAUCAUUUCCAACUAUUAUUUUCCCUUUUCCUUCUUCUCUAUUUAUUUCCCUCUCUUAUCCCGUUCUUCACCUUUUCUUUCUAAACCCUCUCUUUUUUAUUCCUGCUUUGAUCCCUCUCUCUGUUUUCUCUAUUUCUGCCCCCUCUACUCUUUAUGACAUAACAUUUCACACAUUUCUUCCUUUUCUUUCGACUCCUCUUUCUCUGGCUUUUCGUUUUUAUGACCUCUUUUCCUAUCCUCUUCUUCCUUCACUUCUCCAUUGUCCAUUCUCUUCCAUGUCGGCUUCGUUCUGGGAAUUGUCACCAGGAGUCUCAUUCUCUUCAUAUCUAUCUAUCUAUCUAUCUAUCUAUCUAUCUAUCUAUCUAUCUAUCUAUCUAUCCCUUUGGAUCUAUUGUUUUAUAUUCCACUGGCAUGCAGUGAAUUUUCAUGCUGAUUACUCUGUAAUGUAA